AUGUCUGAAGAUUCAUUAAUUAAUGACGAACAAGAUUAUGAUGAAACAGUUCGACCAACAUCUUCAAUGGCAAUAGUUGAUACAAAUAUGAAUAGUAAAUUGAACUCAUUGUCCAAUGGAGCUCGAUCGAUUAAUCAUGACGAACAUAUUAAAUUAGUAAAACAAAAGAAAGAAGAAGUAGAUGAAUUGCGACUACAACGAUUCCAAGAGCAGCUGCGAAAGAAAGACCAAAAAUGGCAACAACACCAAUUAGUUAAAGUAAAAAAGUGGUUGCAAUUGCGUAAUCGUGAUACUGAUCAUCGAUCACAAGUUGAAGAAAGACGUAGAAAACGUGAAGAACAAUCAAAAGUUAAAAUUGAGGAAAUACUUCGUCGAGAACAAGAACGCGAACGAAAAGCUAAUUCACAAAUAAAAGUCAAUCGAAGGGAAAAUGCUACGCAUAGACCCGAUUCUAUUAUGAGUAUGUCCAUUGAUGUACAUUCAAGCCGACGAGCUAUUUCAGCACCACGUUUACGUUCAAAUCCACGAAAUAUGACAAAUCGACGAGGUCUAAACGAUUCUCCAGUUACAACAGUAUCUCAAGAUAAUGGUGAUAAUUCAUCUACUGUCAAUACUUCUCAUCAGCUUAAUCCGAUUGACGAACGACGCCGUCAUCAUCGAUCGCGUCAUUCCUAUGAUGCAACAAUAGAAAAUGAAGAUAAUUCUUUAUCAGGUACUCCUCGUACAGUGGCAUCUAGUCGAACACGACCGAUGCCAACAUCUUACACAUAUUGGUUGAAUACCGGUGACAAUAAUAAUAAUGUAAAUGCCAAUUUUAUGCGUUUGACUUAUGCGGCGACGUGUCGAUCACGUCUUAGUCGAAGUGUCGAACGAUGCCCUCGAGCUUGUAGAGUUCACGAUGAUGUUACAAGUAAUUCAACAACAACGACAAUCAAUGGUGAGUCACAACGUCGAGUACAAAGUAUUAAUCGGCAACAUUUAAAUGAGACUAUUAUUCGACUUUCGAAACCGAAAACUAUUCCAAAGGCUCAAUCCGUUCAAAGUGGUUCAACAACACCAACGAGCGGAUUAGCAUCAUCACAAUCCAGUCAUCAACUUCGUGUAUCUACUCCGCCUAUGAUUUCAAAUAAUCAUUUAACUCCAACAGCGUCUUCUUCUUCGAAAACUCGACGAACUAUUCCGCCACGUCCAGCUUCUGCUGCCUCUACUAUCACUCCAUCCAGUAAUGACUUUCGAGCUUCACCAACUGCUGAAGGAACAUCUGAACCUUCGUCAAAUCCAUCAUCUAGUAGACAAUCAUCACAUCGAAAUACUACUACUACUACUACUACUACUACUACUAUUAAUUCACACCCAAAACUUCCAUUACCACCUUCAUCUAAACCUCCAACAGCAUCUCGUUCGAAACCACCAACGCAACGUUCUCUAAUGACUGUAUCUCUUUCAUCGUCUUCAGCUUUAACUGCGACACCUGCAACUAACAAACAAAAUAUCCGUCGUAUUGGUGGGGUAUCACCAUCGCCAGCCAAACCAAAACCUAAAACAGAGACAAUAUCAUCCAUAGAAACAACAGAAACUGAAUCAAUUAUCAAAAAUGAUGAAGAUAAAAGUGUACCAAUCGAAGAACAUACUCUAGAAGAACAAGCAUCUAUUGUAGAGGAACCAAUUGGUUCUCUCGUUGAGCCCAUUAAUAUUGAUGCAGUCACCGAAAUUAUUAAUCCAACAGCGAAACGCGAACAACAAACUAACGAUGAACAAGAAUAUCAACGAAAAUUAAGUCAAAAAAUUCGCGAAGCACAACAACGUUUAGAAAUUGAACGACAACGUGAAGAAGAACGACAACGCCAAUUAGAAUUAGAAGAAUAUGAACGUGAACAAGAGCAGAUUCGUCUUGCUGAAGAACUACGUCGUGUCGAACAAGAACGUUUACAACGUGCUAUCGAAGAACGUGAACGUGAAAAUGAAUUGAAACGUCAAGAAGACCAACGUUUACAACAACAACGUGAAGAACUCGAAAGAAAACAAACCGAAGAAGCUGAACGUCUCAACCGGGAACGACAAGAACGAAUUAAAAAAGAAGAAGAAGAACGAAAUGAACGAAAAAGACGUCUUGAUUUAAUUAUGAGACGUACGCGACAAACUUCACCGAGUUUAAAAGUCAAUUUUCAACCUGAAAACAAUAUUAGUAACACUAAUAGCGAUGAAACAAACGGACAUGAUAAACAACAAUUACUUAUGUCUCAUUCCAUUUCUGAUAAUCGUCUUCCAACUUCAUUAUCGAAUGAAAAUUUUCUAAAUACGAACGAAUCCACAACACCAGACGCGUCGAAAUUUAAAUCUCCAUUAAUACAAAACCUUCUUAACAAAGCUCGAAAUACACAAUCCAUAGAUAAUCUCACACAAUCGAAUAUGACAACAUCACAAAUCAUGGAUGAAAGUAUGGUCGACGGAGAAACUGUAACUAUUCAAUCACCAAUGCAAAGUCACACAUCCGAUGAUGAUGAUGAUGAUGAUGAUGAUGAUCAACAAGACUCAGGAAUCAAUAAUACUACCAAUGGUCAUAGUGAUUCACCUUUGUCCUCAUCUACAAAUCUCAAUUCUUCUCAUGAUCGUCCAGUUGAAACAGCAGCUAAUUGUAAUUAA